AACGCCCAGGAUGUAUCUCACAACGCCCGUCAUCGCCUUCUUCGCGACUUUAGCACACAGUGCGACAGUGAUACCACCUAGCCCAUGGAACUACACAUACCCAUGGCCAGUCCAAUACCACAACAUCACAUCGCAGCGCUUAGACCUCUCAAUGGCCUACAUGGACGUCGCACCCACAAACACCACAUCCAAAAAGAACAAUACCAUCGUGCUACUCCAUGGUAAGAACUUCUGCGGCGCAACCUGGGAAGAUAGUGCCCGUCGCCUCUCCGCCCGCGGCUACCGCGUCAUCAUCCCCGACCAAAUCGGCUUCUGCAAAUCCUCAAAACCACCUGCAUAUCAAUUCUCGCUGCAGCAACUGGCAUACAACACUCAAUCCCUUCUCCAAUCCCUGGGUAUUGUCAGGACAAGGAUCCUGGGCCACUCCAUGGGCGGCAUGCUCGGCACGCGCUUCGCACUGAUGUACCCCAACACCACCAGCCACAUGAUCCUCACCAACCCGCUCGGUCUCGAGGAUUGGAAAGCGUUGGGUGUGCCAUAUCGCACGAUUGAUUCUCUGUGGCAAGACGAGCAAGCAACGACGUACGCUUCCAUUCGCAAGUAUCAGCAAGCUACUUACUAUGUCAACACCUGGAAGCCUGAAUACGACGUGUGGGUCAACAUGUCUCUCUCGCUCUACCAACUCGCCGGCGAAAACAUCACGUACACAUAUAACCAAGCGCAGGUGACCGAAGCCGUGUUGCUGCAGCCCGUGGUGUACGAGUUUCCACAAGUAAAAGCGCGAACGCUGCUCAUGAUCGGCACGAAAGACAACACGGCUAUUGGGAAAGCGUGGAGUCCGCCAGACGUGCAGAAAAUACUGGGUAAUUACUCGGUGCUGGGAAGGAAGACGGCAGACGCGAUUCCCGGUGCGGCACUGGCGGAGUUUGAGGAUUUGGGGCAUUCGCCGCAGAUACAGGAUAGUGAGAGGUAUCAUCAGGUGCUGUUUGGGUGGUUGGAUAAAUCGGAUUGGUAG